AUGUCCGAUAAGUCAUACAAAGGGUCCUCCCCUGCGGAUCUUGAAGCCACAAGCACGGCCAUUACAACCGGUUCGUCCAGAUGGGCCUCUAUAUUUGGCGGCAAGGAUGUUGUUGUUGGCUCGCGCAUUGCGCCGAUGCCAGAAUACCUUAAAACCGACGACAGCGAUCAUCUCGAGACUGCUUCUGAGAUUCUAGACCGGCAGCUGGCAGCGGAGGAUGGUGCUGCCAUCCAGUACCGCACCUGCUCGUGGCAAAAAACAGCCGCUCUGUUGUUCAGCGAGUACAUUUGCCUCGCCAUCAUGAGUUUCCCAUGGUCGUACCGCUAUCUUGGCCUCAUUCCCGGACUCAUCCUGACCGUCGUUGUCGCCGCGUUCGUCCUUUACACCAGUCUGAUAAUGUGGAAGUUCUGCCUCCGCCACCCAGAGAUUCGCGAUGUCUGCGAUCUGGGCCAGACCCUGUUCUGGGGUAAGAAAUGGGCAUGGUGGGGAACCGCCGUCAUGUUCAUCCUCAACAACACCUUUAUCCAGGCUCUUCACGUCCUGGUGGGAGCCAAGUACAUCAACACCAUGACAGAGAGCGACACGAUUGGCGGGUGCCGAACAGUGGAAUUCUCUGUCCUGGUGACCUUCAUCUGCUGGGUCGGCUCCCUCCCCCGCACAUUUGAGAUGAUGUCCAAGCUUGGCACCGCAUCUGCUGGCUUCACCUUCAUCUCUGUGGUCCUGGCGGCAAUCUUUGCAGGCGUCCAGAGCGGUCCUCCCGCCAAGGCUGGCAGCGGCGACAUCGUGUACGACCUGUUCCCAAAUGCGAGCACUACUUUCGUUCAAGGCAUGGCGGCUUUCCUUAACAUCAGUUACACCUUUAUCGGACAAAUCACUCUGCCCAGCUUCAUUGCGGAAAUGCGCGACCCUCGCGAGUUUCCCAAGUCGCUGUGGGCUUGUACCAUUGCCGAGAUUAUUGUCUUUUGCGUAGUUGGCGCAGUGAUGUAUGUUUUUGUUGGUAACAAUUACAUGACUGCACCAGCGUUCGGAUCUCUGCAAGACUUGUACAAAAAGAUUUCUUUCUCGUUCAUGAUACCCACACUUAUAUUCCUGGGCUGCCUGUACGCGUCGGUGACCUGUCGGUUCGUCUUCUUCCGCCUCUUCCGCAAUUCUCGGCAUCUCAACGACCACACCGUUGUGGGAUGGAGCUCGUGGGCUGGUAUUCUGCUCGUCACUUGGAUCGCUGCAUUCUUCAUCUCGCAGGUGAUUCCCUUCUUCUCGUCACUUUUAUCGGUCAUGUCUUCGUUGUUUGACAGCUGGUUCGGCUUUAUCUUUUGGGGUGUGGCCUACUUCCGGAUGCGCCAUGUGGAUCGUCAAGACGGAAAGAAGGAGAACAAGGUCAUUGACUUCCUCUCGAACGCCCUCAAUGUGCUUAUCAUUCUGAUCGGCAUCAUGUUUCUGACGGUGGGAACGUAUGCCAGUGUCCAGGGCAUCAUUGACUCGUUUGAAGCGCACGAGGUGGCGGGCGUUUUCUCAUGUGCUAGCAACGGCUCGUGA